AUGUCUUCUCGCGGCUUCUCGGGCAAAGAGUACAGCGUCUACCGAUCUAAGGAUGGUGCCCCCAGCCUCGUUAGUGUGAAGAUCCCUGACCUCAAGCCUCACGACAUUCUCAUUCGGAUCACUCACACCGGUGUUUGCCACACUGAUCUACUCUACUGCCAGGGAGGCAUACCUGCAGCUCUAGGACAUGAAGGAGUUGGUAUUGUUGAAGCAGUUGGUUCUCUUGUGACUCAAUUUACAGUCGGAGAUCGUGCCGGAGGCGGCUUCCAUCGAAGUGCUUGUGGCCACUGCAAGUACUGUUUGUCUGGCCGAGACAUUUAUUGCUAUGGGCGCGUUACCUUUGGCGAGGGGGACUUUGACAACGGUACUUUUGGCACUUACUAUAUUGGCAAGGAGACAUUUCUCCAUAAGAUUCCGGAGGGCUUGGCUAGUGAGCACGCUGCACCUCUUCAGUGCGCCGGAACCACUGUGUACACGGCCUUGAAGGCUACCGUUACGAGCGAGAAAAGAGUGGGCAUCUUCGGUAUUGGAGGACUAGGCCAUUUAGCCAUCCAGUACGCGGCCAAAAUGGGUGCCGAGGUUGUUGUCUACAGCACGACCCCCAGCAAAGAGAGCGAGGCUAGGGAACUGGGCGCAACAGAGUUUCAUCUCAUCGAUGAGAUGUUCGACAAAAACGCCUCACCUAUCGACGUCUUGGUUGUUGCAGGCUCCAAGUAUCCGAACUGGGAGAAGGUUCUGGUAAAGGAGUUUCUCGCUAGAGAUGGUACAAUCGUACCGCUGGCUGCCCCUGUUAAUGGGCCCCUCAGUUUACCCGCAAAUGCGAUGUUCUUCAACGGGUUUCACGUUUUCUCCAGCCUAGUCGGCUCUUGUGGAGUCCACGAUGAGAUGCUUGAAUUUUCAGCUCGCCACAAUAUCAAGCCAAUCGUUCAGGUCUUCAAGCAUGACGGCCUCGCAAGCGUUCAAACUAUUUUCGAACGCCUUGAGCAGAACAAGGUGCGAUACAGAGCUGUUCUGGAGAUGUAG